AUGGAGGUCGUGGCUGACCGAGCAGAGAUGCACAGCAACCUUGCCGAACAGAGGAACAACUGGAACACCCUUCUCUUGAACUCGAUCAACAUGAUGAUUCUCACUGCCUCAACCAUGGCCGGACUUUCGUCCACUGGAAUAUUUUCAUCGCCUUUCGUGGCUUUUAAACUGUCUUCCACUCUCUUUUUCGCUGCAGCCACAGGAAUGUAUAUGGUGAUGAACAAAAUCCAGCCGUCCCAGCUGGCCGAAGAGCAACGAAACGCGACAAGAUUGUUCCGGCAGCUGCAGACCCAAAUCGAAACAAAACUGGCCUUUGGCAUUGACAACCCAACUCAAAUGGAGGUGAAUGAGACAAUGGAGAAGGUUUUGCCACUGGACAGGGCUUACCCACUUCCCCUGCUUGGAGCUAUGCUUGAGAAGUUCCCUGCAGAAUUAGUCUCUGAGCUCAGGGAUUUUGCGGCUCAUAGAGAUGGUGGAGAUAGUGAGGAUGAGUUUGCAAGCAAGCUUUUCUGA